AUGCGAACUCGAUCGAGUCGGUCAACAGAAGACUUGGUCGAGCUAGAUUUCACCACAGAGAGGUACAGAGAGGAACCUGAGGCAACUCGACCGAUUGGUCUAGGAGAUGCUCCAAACCGCCAUCAACAGAGACAAGGGAUUGUUCCACCACCAGUGCAGAACCACAACUUUGAGAUCAAGCUGGGAAUGAUCAACCUUGUCAGAACAAGAUGUUCCAUGGAUUGCCAACUGACAAAGCUCACCAAUGGGAGAAGAGCUUGCCCCAUGGCACAAUCACCACUUGGGAUGAAUGCAAGAAGGCCUUUCUUGCUAAGUUUUUCUCCACCGGUCGCACAGCCAAGCUUAGGAGCGAGAUAUCGAGCUUCAUACAGAGGAAACAAUGAGACAUUGCUGAGGCUUGGGAGAGGUUCAAAGGCUACACAAGUCAGUGCCCACAUCAUGGAUUCAACAAUGAAUCACUACUCUCUACUCUUUAUAGAGGUUGCUUGGCAAGGUAUAGAGAGAUGUUGGACACAGCCAGCAAUGGAACUUCCUAAUCAGGAUGUGGAUGAUGGCUGGCAGCUUGUGGAGAACAUUGCAAACUCCAAUGGAAGCUAUGGAGAAGAGUAUGAUCGCACCAAUCGGAGCUCGACCCACCACUCGAUCGAGUCGAUGAGAAAUUGA